CAUCGCCAGCCAGGUUUGGCAGAGAUCAUGGUAAAACUUAAUGUGGACGAAAACGUGCUACCUGGUAAUUUGGCAAGGACCCCUCAAAGCACAUGCACCACUCUGCUGAGACCACAAACCCUUUCCGAAUGAGGCACGAGGUCUCCACAGCAGCUGCUGCAGCAACUGGUGAGGAGUAGACUCGGGGAUGCCAUUGGCUGGCUGGCCCGCCGCCGGCCAAUCCUGGACUCCGAACGGUCACUGGAAAUCUUGGGAUUCCGGUCACAGAGGACACCGGGUCCCAGGUCGCCAGCCCCACACAGCACUUGAAGGAGCAGAGGACAAGUUUUCUUCUCCGGUCGGAACGGUGUUCUCUCCAGUCGUGACCGUGCCCAUGGAAGGAGCAAAGAGCGAGACUACCGGAAAUCACUGUUUGAGCGUCAGCGGAAGACGGAAGACGCCAAAGUGAAUUCCGCCAGGCCUGCAGUCCCGGCCUCCCCCGGGUGACUCCACUUGAGGCCAUGGAGCCGGCUGCUUCCCCGCAUGUCUCCCUGCCUGGCCCCCUGCUCUUCCUCCCGGUCCUGGGCCUGUCUGCACUGGUCUCAGCCCAGUUUACUGUCCUGGGGCCAGCUGAUCCCAUUCUGGCCAUGGUGGGAGAAAACACCCUGCUACGCUGUUGCCUGUCACCUGAGAAAAAUGCCCAGGACAUGGAGGUGCGGUGGUUCCGGUCUCAGUUCUCGCCCGCGGUGCUGGUGUACAAGGGGGGGCGUGAGAGGGCAGAGGAGCAGAUGGAGCAGUACCGAGGACGAACAACCUUUGUGAGUGAAGACAUUAGCAAGGGGAACGUGGCCCUCGUCAUUCGCAAUGUCAGAGUCCAUGACAACGGCAUCUACCGCUGUUAUUUCCAACAAGGCAGGUCCUACGAUGAGGCCAUCUUGCACCUGAUGGUGGCAGGCCUGGGCUCCACGCCCCUCAUUGAAAUGAAGGGCCACGAGGAUGGGGGCGUCCGGCUGGAGUGCACAUCCGUAGGGUGGUACCCAGAGCCCCACGCAGUGUGGAGGGACCCUUAUGGGGAGAUCAUGCCCGCCCUGGAGGAGGCUUACACUGAGGACACGGACGGCCUCUUCAGGGUCACCAUAGCUGUGAUCAUCAGGGACAGCUCUGUGAGGAACAUGUCCUGCUCCGUCAACAACACCCUGCUCGGCCAGGAGAAGGACUCUGUGAUCUUUAUUCCAGAAUCCUUUAUCCCCAGCACAUCUCUCUCUCCCUGUGCGGUGGCCCUGGCUGUCAUCCUGCCUGCUCUGCUCCUCCUCCUCCUCGCCAGCAUCUGUCUCAUCACGAAACUCCACAAGGAAAAAGGAACUCUGUCAGAGGAAAAAGAUUUUGAAACUAAAGGGAAAGAAAUUGCGUGUAAGGAACUGAAGAAAGAACGUGGGGAAAAAGAGAAAGAACGUCUAAUAAAAGAGCAACUUCAAGAGGAACUGCGAUGGAGAAGAGGCCUCUUGCAUGCUGCUGAUGUGGUCCUGGACCCAGACACCGCUCACCCUGAACUCUCCCUGUCAGAGGACCGGAGAAGCGUGAGGCGGGGCCCCUGCAGGCAGAGCGUGACUGACAACCCAGAGAGAUUCAACUGCUGGCCUUGUGUCCUGGGAGCAGAGAGCUUCUCCUCAGGCAGACACUACUGGGAGGUGGAGGUCGAAAACGUAAUGGUGUGGGCUGUGGGGGUGUGUAGAGACAGUGUGCAGAGGAAAGGGGAGGCUCUGCUGGUUCCUCAGAAUGGCUUCUGGACCCUGGAGAUGUUUGGAAACCAGUACCGGGUCCUGUCCUCUGCCGAGAAGAUUCUUCCCCUGAACGAGCGCCUGCGCCGGGUGGCCGUCUUCCUGGACUAUGAGUCUGGAGAUGUCUCCUUCUACAACAUGAGGGACCGGUCACACAUCUACACGUGUCCUCGCUCACUCUUCUCUGGGCCCCUGAGACCCUUCUUCAGGCUGGGGUCUGAUGACAGCCCACUGUUCAUCUGCCCAGCAUUCAAAGGGGCCCAGGGGGUCACAGUGCCUGAGGGUGGCCUGGUCCUUCACAGGGCGGGGAGCCCCCGCAGCCACCUGGACCAGUUCCCUGGUCUCAGAGCCCAGUAGAGAAGCCCUGGCCAU